UUGUCUUUGUGAAUCACCGCACCCUUGCAAACUAGACGAUUACUAAUUCAGCACGGACUGUAUAAUUGGACCGACAGGGGAACACCACCCCAUUCUGCCCCUAUAUAAAAGUGAAGAUCACUGCAGGUGAAAAAACAGAGGGUCUAUUAGAUGACUCCAGCAGUGAACAACUGAGAUGGCUACAUAUCUGUCCUUACUGCUGCUCUUUGCCUGUGCCUCCACAAGCUCUUCAAAUCCAAAUAGCUGCAGGGGUCGUUGUGGAGAAGGGUACUACAGGGGAAGUUUCUGCCAGUGUGACUAUGAGUGUCUGGGCCUGAAUGAGUGCUGUACAGACUUUCAAGACUUGUGUACUUCAAAGGACUCAUGCAAAGGACGCUGUGGGGAGCCUUUUAAUAGAGGCAAUCCAUGUCACUGUGAUAUAGACUGUGUCCCAUACAGUCAGUGCUGCCCUGAUUAUGAGAGCAUGUGCUUGAUGGAAGAUACUGCCUUAAAGCCAAGAAACACUGGCACCGCAGCUCAAAGGACUACUAACUUAUGCCUAAACAUAAAGAAUAAAAAAUCUACAGAAUCCUCCAAUGAGGAGAUGACCAAUGAGGAAGGAACUGGAGAAGAGUUAAUGAUCACUGAGGAUGAAAGUGAGUCCACACCUUCUGAAGGCUCUGAGAUAAUUUCACCUUAUGCAGAUACAGAUAUAGAAGUGAAUGUUGGGGAAAACAGCACUUCCUACUCAGAGAAUGAGGAGACCACUCAGGAACCAAACAGCAGCAUCGUGGCUUCAUCCCUGCCCCCAUCUAGCCCGUCUUUCACCCAGACAGCAGAUGCAAACAGCAUGCUCUCUGCUGAUGAGAACCCUAUAGAGUAUACUACUCAACAGCCAUCUGAGGAAAUGACAACUUCCAGCACACCACAGCCACAAGAGAAUGCAAGCACAGCACCAACAGAAAGUCCUACAAGCACAGCAACAACAGAAGGUACAUCAAGCACAGCACCAACACAAGGUCCUACAAGCACAGCACCAACAGAAGAUCCUACAAGCACAGCACCAACAGAAGAUCCUACAAGCACAGCACCAACAAAAGAUCCUACAAGCACAGCACCAACAGAAGAUCCUACAAGCACAGCACCAACAGAAAGUCCUACAAGCACAGCACCAACAGAAGAUCCUACAAGCACAGCACCAACAGAAAGUCCUACAAGCACAGCACCAACAGAAGAUCCUACAAGCACAGCACCAACAGAAAGUCCUACAAGCACUGCACCAACAGAAAGUCCUACAAGCACUGCACCAACAGAAGGUCCUACAAGCACAGCACCAACAGAAGAUCCUACAAGCACAGCACUGACAGAAAGUCCUACAAGCACAGCACCAACAGAAGGUCCUACAAGCACUGCACCAACAGAAGGUCCUACAAGCACUGCACCAACAGAAAGUCCUACAAGUGUCACUGAAAUGACUACAAUGGCACAGGGUGAAGAUCCAAAGGAAUCAUCAUCUCUCAAGGGUUCUAGAGCUACAUCAAUCCCAAAGACACCGUCCACUUUUGCUCCAGUGAAACCAACAAAAAAACCCACUCAGCCUAGUACAGACAAGAACGACAAAACAGAACCAAAGGAAUCUCCUAUUGAUCCUAGUGGCAUUGAUCCAAUCAGACCAGUAAAACAAACUCUUAAACCAAGCUCAGACAAGAAUGGCAAAACAGAUAGUAUUAAAGAUUAUCAAGCUGAUGAUUAUGACACUAACCUCUGCAGUGGGCGUCCAGUCAGUGGUCUGACUACACUGAGAAAUGGUACCAUUGUGGUGUUCAGAGGACAUUAUUUUUGGACACUGGACAAAUACAGAAAUCCUGAUCCUCCUCAGUUAAUUACAAGGGUGUGGGGAAUCCCAUCUCCCAUCGACACCGUUUACACCCGUUGCAACUGCCAGGGCAAAACCUACUUCUUCAAGGGAAAAGACUACUGGAGGUUUGAGAAUGGUGUGAUGGAUUCUGGCUUUCCCAAACCUGUCAGCCAGGGCUUCGGACAGAUCGGUCAUAUCACAGCUGCUUUAUCUAUACCUGAGUACAGAAGCAGAAAAGAGUCUGUAAUCUUCUUCAAAAGAGGUGGGAUGGCUCAAAAGUACACAUACCAGGUUACUCCAACAUGUGGAAAAAAGCCAAAAAUUCCUGUGUUCACAGUGAGGAUGAGAGCCAGACGACAAGCCGUUUCAGCUCUGGGGCAAAUGAUCAAUAUCUCAAAGAACUGGAGAGGAUUUCCAACCAUGGUGACCUCAGCAGUGUCCGUACCCUCAAGGGUGAAAGAGGGAUACAAGUAUUAUGUAUUUUCUCAAAGAAAGUAUUACAGCAUAAAAAUGGAAAGAGAAAAACCAGUGAUCUUGAAAUCUGCUACAGGUCCAAGGGAAAACUCUGCGAGCAGCUUCUUCAAAUGCCAGGAAACUAAGAAAAACUGAGUCAUUCAUCUAUUUACCUCAUAUAUAUAUAUAUAUACAGUGAAUUUAGAUUUCUAGUGAUGCCCUUGUCUUAUGUGCCAUGGAAAAACAGUUUUUGGCAGUAAUAUGCUGCAUCGUCAGUGACAGAAUUAAGGACAAACUAAGAAUUUCCUUCAAAACAAUUUUAUUGUACGGAUGUAAAACCAUUAAAAUAACGAUGAUGAUUGCUCAAAACAUUAAACUAACAAACAACAAUUAUAAUACAUUGACUGAAUCUUUGAAGCAGAAUGAAGGUAUGGCUAAUUCUUUUGGAACUAUAAGUUCAGAAUGUGUCGCUCCAGAACUAGAACGAUGACUGCUGGGAGUUUGCUUCACCUAGCAAAACGGCCCCUCACACCCAUGACACCUGCUCCACCUACAGCAAAGAAAGUAGUCAAUAAAGAUGUCAAAUCCA